CUGGCUCUGGGCCAACUUCCUCCUCCAGUUCUCAGCCCAUCCUGCUUGCUAGCCCAGGCCUCCCACUCAGCACACUCACUCGGCAGCACCAGUCUCCGAGCGCAGCAGAAGGAUGUCUGCAGACAUGGGGACAGAAGACGGCAGAGAGGCGGCCCCGGAGGCCCCACAGCCCGUCCACGUCGACGUGCACAUCCACCAGGAGUCGGAGCUGGCCAAGCUGCUGCUGACCAAGUGCUCCCUGCUACAGCCCCAGGCCCCAGCCCCAGGCACCUCCAACCAGCCCCCGUGCCGCAGCCGGCUGCUGGUGGCCUCUUGGGUGGUGCAGAUCGUGCUGGGUGUCUUGAGCUGUGCCCAGGGUGGAUUUUUCUUCCUCUUCAGAUACAACGCCGUGUAUAGCUCUGGAGCUCCCUUCUGGGGCGGGGCUGUGGCGGUGCUGGCUGGAGCUACUUCCUUCAUUUAUGAGAAACGGGGUGGUAUCUGCUGGGCGCUGCUGAGAUCCUUAUUCGCUCUGGCAGCUUUCUCCACGGCCAUUGCCACCAUAGUCAUUGGGACUGAUUUUGGAGGUCUAAUCUCCUACUAUAUUGCAAGCCGCUACUGCGGUAACUACACUUCGAGUUACUGGCCCACUGCCGCCCCCAGCACCAAGAGUCCAGAAGAAGCCAGAAGGCAGGAGCAAUGCCUCUCCUACAUGGACAUGCUGCAGGCCCUGUCCAUCAGCUGCCAGGCUAUUCUCUUGACAAUCUGGGUUCUGCUGCUCUUGGCAUCUCUGACCCCUCUGUUUCUCUAUUGCUGGAGAAGAUUCAGAACUAAGGAGAAAAAAGACCAGAGGAAGCUGCUGGGAACAGGUGGGAUCUAGCCAGCCUCUCCCAAGUUCUUGCGUGUGGCACACUCUGCAUCUGACCCCUGGAAGAAGAACCAGCUGAGGACAAGAGACUCUCCAAUGUGCAGUUAUCCUUGCCCACGACCGCAGCCACCACCCUGCUCCUUCCAGCCAUCACAGUGACUCUCGCCCAUUUUGGCUUCUCUUCACCACCCUGGCCCAUCUCACGUCCCCUUCUAAGCAGUGGUUUGGUAAUAAACUCUCAUGCUAUUGCUCUCA